UUACUCAGCACAGCCGGCGUCCCCACAGCCCGCGGCCCGGCAGUCGGGAGAGCGCGGGGCCGCCGAGCGGAGCGCCGGGUGCAGGGAACUGUCAGGAGAUGAACUUGAGACCUGUAGAUAGAUGUGCUAUGGAAAGGUUGUGUGAGUUAAGAUGAAAUGUCAGAUGCCUUAAAACAAGGAGAAUAGAGUAAAUGCUUAUCUUUAGUGGGCUGAUUUCCAGCAUGGUACUUGUCAAAUUCCAUUUAUCUUCUUAUUUCUGAGAAAAAACUAGAAGAUGAAUAAUCUUUCCUUUAGUGAGCUGUGUUGCCUGUUCUGUUGUCCACCAUGCCCAGGGAAAAUUGCCUCCAAGCUGGCGUUUUUACCUCCGGAUCCCACAUACACACUGAUGUGUGAUGAGAGUGGUGGUCGCUGGACUUUGCAUCUCUCUGAGAGAGCAGACUGGCAAUAUUCUUCUAGAGAAAAAGAUGCCAUUGAGUGCUUCAUGACUAGAACAUGUAAAGGCAACAGGAUUGCCUGUAUGUUCGUGCGUUGCUCACCUAAUGCCAAGUACACUUUGCUCUUCUCACAUGGAAAUGCUGUUGACCUGGGUCAGAUGAGCAGCUUUUAUAUAGGACUGGGCUCACGGAUUAAUUGUAACAUAUUCUCCUAUGAUUAUUCUGGAUAUGGUGCAAGUUCUGGGAAGCCAACAGAAAAGAAUCUAUAUGCUGACAUUGAUGCUGCUUGGGUGGCUCUUAGAACAAGGUAUGGAAUUCGCCCUGAAAAUGUGAUUAUAUAUGGCCAGAGUAUAGGAACAGUACCAUCUGUGGAUCUUGCUGCUAGGUAUGAAAGUGCUGCUGUAAUUCUUCAUUCUCCACUGACUUCAGGGAUGCGAGUAGCUUUUCCUGAUACCAAGAAGACGUACUGCUUUGAUGCAUUCCCGAACAUUGACAAAAUUUCUAAAAUAACAUCUCCUGUCUUAAUAAUCCAUGGAACUGAAGAUGAAGUAAUUGACUUUUCACAUGGCCUGGCGUUAUUUGAGCGUUGUCAGAGACCUGUAGAGCCACUGUGGGUAGAAGGAGCAGGCCAUAAUGAUGUGGAACUCUAUGGACAGUACCUUGAAAGGUUAAAACAGUUUGUGUCACAGGAACUGGUGAACUUGUAACUUUCGUUGUGUAUUUACAUGUUUUUUUCAUUUCACUGCAGAACUGCACAUCUUGAUAAAUUUGUUAUUUAAAACCUGAAUGUUGUGUUUUCAAAUCAUCUUGGUUGCCUUCAUUAAAUGUACAGAUAAUGAUUUGUCAACAUAAUUAAUGAAGGUUUUAAUGCCACAUUAGAAACUGGAAUUACAUGGUCAUGCAGUCAGACUUGGCAGUUCAUAUUUCUUUGUGUGAGGUUUUUUCUUCUUAGAUAUAAAGAAAAAAAAUCACAAGGCGUACUGUAAGAAAAUUUAAUUAUUUAAAACCAAAUGCUGUAAAAGUGUUGCCAAGUGCUUCAGCAUAUCAAAAACAAGUUUAUAAAUAUUUUUUAAACAUCUCAAGGUGUACUGUGACUUACUCUGUUGCACAGGUGUAAUUAAAAAACAGACUUCUAAGCAGUUGUUCUGUAAAAAUGUAAUAGCCAUGAAAUUUGAGUAAAUACUAAUGUAUGUAAUGAGAAUAAACAGUCACUGAAAACUACUCAUGCCCUGUUACAGGGAGGGGGGUGCAAAAUAGAUAUAUUUUCCCAUACUUUUCGUUUCCUUUGUGCUUAGUUUUCCUCUAGUUAUUUUGUACUCAUGUUGUCGCUUAGCUUUCAGGAUAAUAAAAUGUACCUUCUCAUGUUCUCAGGAGUCCUAAUCUUGCCAAAAUAAUUCCACAAGUUAUUAUAAUUGUAAUGCAAGUAUCAUUCAUAUGAUUACUACUGAGGCCAUUUCUUUGAAAAUAGGUGAAAUACCUCUUUGAAACCAGUAAGACUUUUAAAACCUAGAAGACUUGUUGAACCAUGUAGUUUUAAACACUGAUUUUCUAGAGUCACAGUGUGUCAUUAAGAAGAAUUUUGAAGUAUAUUCAACAUAAUAAAAAAUUUGCAACUUUGCAGUUGUCUAUCAGGCUUAAUUUUGGGUGUUUAGUAUAAAAGCUUAUUGUUUCUUGAGUAUCAUAUGGAAAUUUUACUAAUCAGGCCUGGGUGUGGUGAGAGGAGAAGAGAAUAUUGACAUUUUUCUAUUAACUCAUCAUGAAAUAAACUUAAAUAGCCUUUCCCUUGAAUGACUGUGCGUGAAUAAAACUACGAAAAAUAAACUUAAUUAUAUGUAGCCUAAUUGUAAACAAAAUAAUUUUCCAACAAUACACACUGUGCUUUUAAGGCCUUACAUAGUUUAAUUGUUCUGCUUGUUUUUGUGAUUGAGACUAUUGUAUACUUAAGUGUAGCUUUGAGUAUUGUGAAAACUUUGGUUAAGAGGUGUUGAUUAACAGUAAACAAUAUCUCACAAACUUUUGCAGUUCUUCCUUUUUCUUUUUAUUCAGAGAAGUAGCAGCAGUUGCUUAUAGUAUCAAAAUACUUAGCAACUCCCACUUUAUUCAAGGAAAUCUGAUAUCUAAAGCAAUAACCCAUUGUUCUGAAUUUCCAGCACCUUUAUCAAAAGCUUCUGUUCUGA